AGUAAUUGGAAACAGAAACGAAUCGCCAAAACGCAUCCCGGAAUCACUGACGCGCUUCGCAACCCGGUCGCCUUUCAACGUAGCGCGUCGAGCGGACAAGGGGAUAUCCGAACCUGCGUUUCUCCCAACAGACUUUAGGGUGACAAGCCAAAUACCGACAUGGAGUCGUCGACGUUGCUGAUGCUUAUUGCUGUUGGUACUGUUGCUGUCCGUGCCCUUGACAAUGGUCUAGCGCGCACGCCGCCGAUGGGUUGGUUGUCAUGGGAACGUUUCAGAUGCAACUUAGACUGUCUAAAUGACCCAGAUAACUGUAUCAGUGAGAACCUGUACAUGAGGAUGGCGGACAUCAUAGCGGCGGAGGGAUACAAAGACGCGGGUUACCAGUAUGUGUGUAUUGAUGACUGCUGGUUGUCCAAGUCACGUGACAGUAAUGGCCGCCUGCAGCCCGACCCUGAUAGAUUCCCACAUGGCAUGAAGGCAUUGGCUGACUAUAUCCACUCCAAAGGUCUCAAGAUUGGCAUCUAUGAAGACGUGGGGUCAAUGACAUGCGCAAAGUACCCAGGAAGUGAAGGUCACUAUGAGAUCGACGCGCAGACAUUUGCAGAGUGGGGGAUUGACCUGCUGAAGUUCGAUGGAUGUAACAUUAACCCUGAUGAUUUUAACAAAGGUUACCGAGCAAUGGGGUUUUACCUGAACCAGACCGGCCGGCCCAUCGUGUACUCUUGUGAGUGGGCUCUUGGGGAUGUACUGCAUCGUCGUCCGGCCGACUACAAAGCAGUCCUGGAUGUUUGCAAUACCUGUAGGAACUACAACGACAUCAACGACCAGUGGGAAAGUAUCGCCAAUGUCAUCAACUACUACGCCAAAGACGUCGGCAACUUCAGCAAGAUAGCCGGGCCUGGAGGCUGGAAUGACCCAGAUGAGAUGGUUAUUGGGGACUUCUCACUCAGUCCUGACCAGGAACGAACACAGAUGGCGCUGUGGUCGAUGUGGGCAGCGCCACUGCUCAUGUCUGUGGACCUACGUAACAUCCGGCCGGAGUCAAAGAAUCUCCUUCUCAACAAAGGACUGAUUGCUGUCAACCAGGACCCGCUAGGAGUCCCGGGAUCUCUUCGCAUGACGGUUGGUCAGAUUUCGAUUUGGACACGACCCAUUUUGCCCAAGGGCAGUUUCGCCGCCGUGAUGUUCAACACAGGCCAAGGGGGCGCUCCCAGAAACGUGACCGUUCCCAUGUACCAGCUGGUCGACGGGUCACAGUUGUCCUACCUCGUGACAGAUACCUUCACCGGGAGUAAACUGGCAGUGCUGAGCCUCUUACAGGGCUUAACAGUCCGUGUAAAUCCUACAGGAGUCGUAAUGGUGACAAUCACUCCAGCAUGAUGACUGACGUCCAGGAAAGUCUCGGUGUGUUUGCAAGGAAUCUAUUAAUGUACAUGAAAUGAAACGACAUCACUUGAGAUCUGACCAUAUGACUGACCAUUUCAAGCGUUUUUUUCAUUUUGCAAUAUAUUUUGUGCAAACUUGAGAAAACUUUUGCAACGGUAAGUCAGACAUGAAUCUUUACGUGUAAAUAUUGAAAGGAUGGUGUAACUUGAGGUACUAUCUUUAUGUUGAACGAGAGAGUAAAACCGGAUUUGUUUUCAGAUAGGAAUGGGUGAAACGUGAAUGUAUUUCAAGUUAAAGCAACAACAAUGUACUUUAAUGUUGAUUAUUUUGAUGUAUUGUAUUGUUUGUUGUUUAACGCCCCACUUAGCAAAAUUCGAGCUGUAUGACAGCGGUCUGUAAAUAAUCGAGUCUGGACAAGACAAUCCAGUGAUUGAC